CCAAUCUGUAUUCGCAACAGUCGCUAUGUGAUCAGUCAAAAUGAUAACACUAAUUUUUAUUUUUGUGUGUUCAAUUAUAUUAGUGUACUUAUACCACACGAGAAAUUUCAAAUAUUGGGAGUCAAGGGGCGUGAAGCAUGAAAAACCAAUCAUAUUUUUCGGGAACAAUGUUAAAGGGUACCUCAUGCAACAGUCGAAAACUCAAAGCGCAGCGGAAAUGUAUUGGAAAUAUCCUAAAGAGAAAGUCGUAGGGUUCUAUCGAGCAGCCCAACCAGAGCUCAUUAUAAGAGACCCUAUGAUAGCGAAGAAAAUAAUGGUUUCAGACUUUGCAAACUUUAUUUAUAGAGGUUUCAAUCCGAAUAGGAAAGUAGUUGAACCAUUAUUGAAUGGUCUUUUCAGUGCCGAAGGAGAUUUAUGGAGGAUGCUUAGAACAAGAAUGACUCCGGCGUUCACUAGUGCUAAAUUGAAAGCAAUGUUUCCUUUGAUCAUUGAAAGAGCAGAGAAAUUACAAAUGAGAACGUUAGAAGCGGCUAAAUCUGGGGAAAGUAUGGAUUCAAGAGAACUAAUGGCGAGAUACACAACAGAUUUCAUUGGAGCUUGUGCUUUCGGUCUAGAUUCAGAUUCUCUUAGCGAAGAAGAUUCAGAUUUUAGAAAACUUGGCAAGAAAAUAUUCGAUGCAGGUAUCAAAGAUUUCUUCAUUAACUUACUAAAAGAGAUGUAUCCACAUGCUUUCGGGUAUCUCAAGUAUUUUAAGAAAAUUGAAGACGGUGCUAGAGAAUUAGUCCAUGAGAUCAAAAGAGCAAGAGACUUCAAACCGUGUGGCAGAAAUGACUUCUUAGAUAUGAUGUUGGAUAUAGAAAACAAAGGAGCGGUAGAAUUCGAGUCAGUUGAAAAGGUCUCAUCAGAUGGAAUACCAGAAAGAGUAGAAAUGAGUUUAACAGGAGAUGUAUUUAUGGCUCAAAUCAUGGUGUUUUUUGCUGCCGGUUUUGAAACAUCUUCAAAUUCUACCAGUAUGGCUUUACAUCUUUUAGCUUACUAUCCAGAAGAGCAAAGAAAAGUACAAGAAGACAUAGACAAAGCUUUAGCUAAACACAAUAAUAAACUGAGUUACGAUUCCAUUAGAGAUAUGCUAUACUUAGAGAUGGCCUUCAAAGAAGCUAUGCGAAUUUUGCCAGCUCUUGGCUACGUUUCAAGAUUAUGUUCCAGGACGUACACGUUUGAAGAUAUAGAUCUGACAAUAGAUAAGGAAGUGAAGGUUGUUAUUCCCAUUCAGGCCUAUCAUAUGGAUCCGAAAUAUUGGGAUAGUCCUAAUGAAUUCAGGCCUGAGAGGUUCCUGCCAGAGAAUUUGGAGAAAAUCAAAGACGUGUACAUGCCUUUUGGGAAUGGGCCUCGAAAUUGUAUAGGAGCGCGACUCGGGCUCAUGCAGUCAUUGGCUGGCUUGGCCGCCAUCUUGUCAAAGUUCACAGUGAAACCUGCGCCAGAGUCUAAAAGGUACCCCACAGUGGAUCCGCUAUCGGAAAUCGUGCAAGGCGUUGUCGGUGGCCUUCCUUUAUCAUUUGACGAAAGAAAAACUACAUACUUGAACUGAUAUGAAUAUUACAUAAGAUAUCGUGUUGUGUAAAUAUAUUAUACUUACAACUAAUAAAUUUAUACAUUUAUCAAAACUGUAAGUGGACUAUGUGUACAUAAAAGAUAUCAAAGAGAAAAAAUUAUGGGUAGUCUUUAUAGAAAAACAAUAUUUAAAAAAAAAAUUGUAUGUCUCUAUGUAUGUAUGUUUGUUCGCGCAUCAUGCAAAUAUUACUGAAUGGAAUUUGAUGCGUCUCUCACUGCUGUAUAACGGAUGGUUUUACUUAAAAUUUCAACGCGAUGGAUUGAUUAGAACCGACGAUAUUGACAAUAAUAAGUCAUGAGCGGACGUACAAAAUAAACGUGGGCGAAGCCGCGGGCAAAAGCUACUAAAUAAUAAACAAGUAAAAAAAUAAAAUGGUUAUGUAAUAAGAAAA